AUGGCGUGGGGCAAGAAGACCGGUGUGCAGGACUUGCUGCAGAAACUCGCCGACCCGCUGACGGCCACGAGUCUCUAUGUCAUGCGGAUGCGCGCGCUGAGCGACGCGGACGUUGUGCAGUUGGCACAGGCCAUCCGCACCAACACGUUGCUGCGGGCGUUGUACAUGUCGGGGCACGACUUGGGGCCUCUUGGAGUGCAAGCGUUUGCCGACUGUUUGGCAACCAACACGACGCUGCAGCACGUGUGUCUUGGCUCGGAGACGCUUGGGGACGCUGCUUUGAGAUUGUUGUGUGCUGGAUUGGCGCGGAACACGCGGUCGGCUCUUGAGGUGUGGGACUUGGAGUUCAAGUCGCUUGGUAGCGACGGAGCGUCCGCUAUUGCCGAGCUCCUGAAGACGAACGAGACGUUGACGACACUCACGUUGUCCCGCAAUCCAAUUGGGGACCUCGGACUCGAACGAGUGGCACAUGGACUGCUUGCGAAUGCUCAGGCGCGAGUGGCGGAGCUCCACUUGACGGACAUUGGCCUAUCGGGAACUGGACUCGACCAUUUGGCAGCGUAUAUCGCGUGCAAAACGUGCUCGUUGACGACGCUGCAGCUGUCGUUCAACUCCUUGGGAGACGCGACGUCUGCGUUUUUCGAUGCGUUGGCGACCAACACGUCGGUCAAGAAGCUGCAGCUGAAAGAGUGCAAGUUGACGGAUCAACACGCGACUGCUCUCGCGUCUGCUUUGAUGCGAAACGCGACGUUGACCGAGAUCGAUGUGUCCGAUAAUGAGUGGACGCAACGUGCCUGUGCUGAGAUGGCUCGCGGACUUGUUGUGAACAAAGCGCUCAAGGUCCUAUGUCUCAGUAACAACAAGUGCCGCGAUGAAGGUGCCGUGCUUCUUGCAGAGGCGUUGGCAGCAGGCAAUACGAUGCUGACGUACCUUGACAUGGGCAACAACGGGCUCACUGGCACCGGCAUGACACCACUGCUGAAGGCACAGUCAAUCACGCAGCUGCACCUGUUCAACAACAAGCUGGGUGAGGGGUUAGCCGAGCUCCUGCCAGUGCUACAGGCCAACCCUGUCAUCGAAACGUUAGGUCUCGGUGCCAACCAGCUGCAUGAAGGACGAAGUGCCACGCUCUUUGAGGCGCUGCACUUGCAUCCGUCCCUGAAAACGCUCGAGAUGGGGGGCAACACACUUGGAAAAGUGGGGCACGCAGCCCUUGAUGCACUGAAGAACGCCAAUCGCGCCCUGGAUGUUGCAGUCGACAAGAACGCACAAAACGAGGAUGGCAGCUUCGACUUUCAAGAUCAGCGGUAA